AUGUCGCAGAACAAUCUAGAAGUUGGAAUGAGGUGCAUUAAAUAUAUGCUACUUUGUGUUACCGCGAUAUUCGUGUUGACAUCAGCUCUAAUAAUCUCAGUGGGGACUACAAUUUACGCCAUUUACUACGAUGUCUCCUUCUUCCUGGACUACCAGCUGUUCUCACCGGCCACUUUCAUCAUCGCGAUCGGUGUCAUCAUGCUGUUCGUGUCUCUCUUCGGUUGCAUUGGCGCUUUAAAAGAAAGCACCUGCUUGGUCAAUAUUUUUGCAGUUAUCCUAAGUCUGGUGUUGGUGCUGGAAAUCGCGGCCGCCAUCACGGCCUAUACAUUGAGGUCACAAGUGUCAGGAAUGCUCGACUCAAACCUUCGAGAGACGCUGCCUUAUUAUUACAGCAACCCUGAAGUCACUGAUUCCUUCGAUUUUAUCCAGAGCAGGUUGAACUGCUGCGGUAUCGACAGCUACCUCGACUGGGGUGAUGUUAAAGCUAACAGGACCGGUAUCGAUGUGAAGAAUGUCACAGUUCCAUACUCCUGCUGCGCGCAGACGAACUACCAGGAGAUCGGAGAAGUACAGUAUGAAGAGUGCGUCAAGCUGUACGCGAAUGGCUGCCUUCCAAGGAUCACUUACUUGAUUUAUCAGAGCGCAGGUCUACUUGGGGCUGGUGCUAUGACCAUUGCAUUUAUUCAGGUUAUUGGGAUUGUCUUCUCAUUCUCGCUCGCCAGUUCCAUUCGCAAGACGAAAUCCGAGCGCGAACGCAGGAGAUGGGAAAUUCAGGAGCGCAUGAUCAACGCUUAUACUUCGCUAAACCCCAACGAAGAAAAACAAAAACCUAUUGUCUAUGUCCCCUUCCACGGACAAACAACUGCUUAA